UCCUCUCCCUUUCUUAACGUUUCGUCUCCUCAGGCCCCAACUAAAUUAUAUUUCAUUAGAACUCACCGUCUUCUGCCAUUAACAGCCGAUGCAAUCUACCCUUUCAAAUUUCAUCUUGAUAGUGUUGCCCUCCUUCUUUACUUGCUGGGUUUAAUAGAACAAACUUUAAUUUUCAUUCUGAUUUCUUCACAUAUUUCUGUUCAAAUAAUGGCAUCAAGAACAAUUGCUAAAGACAUCAUCACUCUGCGGGGUUCGGCAGCCAUUGUCAGCGAGUUUUUCGGUUAUGCGGCAAACAGUAUACUCUACAAUCGUGGGGUUUAUCCAGAAGAAAGUUUUGUCAAAGUGAAGAAAUAUGGGCUCCCAAUGCUGCUUACUCAAGAUGAGGGUGUUAAAUCCUUCAUUGCUAACAUUACGUCUCAGCUUUCAGAGUGGCUGGAAGCUGGAAAGUUACAGAGGGUUGUUCUAGUAAUAAUGAGCAAGGCCAACAAUGAGGUUUUAGAGAGGUGGAAUUUCAGUAUUGAGACAGAUGGUGAGGUUGUUGAGAAGGGUGUGUCAAAGGAAAAGAGUGACAAAGAAAUUAUGAGAGAGAUACAAGCAAUCAUGAGACAGAUUGCCUCAAGCAUUACUUACUUGCCCUGCCUUGAUGAACCCUGUGUGUUUGAUGUGUUAGCAUACACUGAUAAAGAUGUUGCAGUUCCAUUUACUUGGGUUGAGAGUGACCCCAAGCUGAUUGCAAAUCCACAAAUGGUGAAAUUGCAUUCGUUUGAUACCAAGAUACACAAGGUUGACACUCUUGUAUCAUACAAGAACGAUGAAUGGGAUGAACAGUAACAGAUGCCGCCAAAGGACCAUUUCUUUCUUCAGUAACAUUCUGUUUUUUAGUGUACUGUGAAUCUUUCCAUUCGCAUUUUUUAAUCCCUAGGUUGGUAUGGAAGAAAAUGGCUAAUCAUGUACUUGGGUUUAAGCAGGCUGAGUGUCUGUCAGCUAAAGAACAAAAAGGAAACACGAGUUUCUUGUAGAUCAAGUUGGAAUUCUCAUCUUUAAUUUUCAUCGGAGGAAUUGGAUUUGAAGCUUUUUCGCGUGAGACUAAGAUGGAUUGGUUGCUUCAAGUUAAUUUGAACCAAUUAUGUACUGCAUUCCCAUGUUUCAUGUUCUCCAAUGCAGAACAGAAAUGCCUUUACUUUCAUAAUUGGCAACACAUGCUGAGUUAAUUGCCAGAUAUAUAGAACCUCAAUUUCUAAA